GUGUGUUAUACGCCGCCGAUCCUAAGUGCGCGGUGUAAUGCACACACUUGUGGAUAUAAAUUAUAAUGUACAUGAAAACAUCUUCAAAUCCUUGCAUGUCAACAUUUUAUGCAUAACAUGGAUGCUGUAUUUUCUCCAACAGGUUUUCUGAGAGUAUGUGGGACGGUAGCAUUAGGAACUCUUAUAAUCUUGGUCCUGCUCAAGCUCCGUCGGAAACCAAGAAAAUCCUACCCGAAUGACAUAGUGGUUCACCAUCAGCCAGGCCGGGCUCCUUUUGCCCCAAGUAUGACACCGUUUGCCGUAAAAUUAGAGACCUUUCUUAGAAUGACAAAAGUACCAAGUAUGAAUGUCUUUGAUAGCAGAAGAAAUAGAAGCUCCAAAGGUAAAAUGACCUGGAUUGAAUACAAUGGAGAAGAAAUUGCUGACUCAGAAAUUUGUAUCGAAUUCAUUAAAAAUAAAUUCAAUGUAGACUUGAACAAAGAGUUCACCCCAGAGGAAAUAGCGUCUGGAUUCAUGAUUCAAAAAAUGGUGGAAGAACAUUUGUAUUGGACAAUGGCAUUGAAUCGUUGGGUGUACGAGCGCGGGUUAAGAAUUCACUCCAUUACACCUCUGCCUUUUUAUAUGAGAUUCCUCAUUUGCCGCCAUAUAAGUAAACAGGCACAAGCUCAAGGCGUAGGUAGACACAGCGAGGAGGAAGUUCAAAACUUCAUGAUCCACGAUCUGGAGAACCUCUCCGUGUAUAUGGGAUCCAAAAAGUUCCUGCUUGGAGAUAAACCUUCUCAGGCCGAUUGCGCUGUGUUUGGAAUGUUGUCACAGUUCUACUGGCAGGGAUUCGGAGGGAAAACAGAGGAAGCAAUAAAAAAUGUUGAACUUGGUCGAAUUUAGGGAAAUAUUUUACAUACAGAACUCUUGGUUUGUCCAUCUACCCCCUGACACAGUUUUAAGCUAAUACCCUUUAUUCACUUUAUGGAAAUUAAGGUAUGUUGCAGCAUGACAAUAAUAAUAAUUUAUUUGGCAACUGGACAGUUGAAAGUACAUAAUCACAGUUCACAUGUAGAAUUUCAUAUAGAUCAAUAAUCAUGGCUGAUACUAUCUGAAGCAAAGUUCUACAAACUAUGGCUUAAGAAAAACACUCUAUGUAAGCAAUUUCACGGGCGUAUUAUGUACCGUUUGCGGUACUCAUGUUAUA